AUGUCCCAGGUUAUUGCCCUGGCGUCCUUGCUGGUAGUCGCAAGUGCAAAGCCAGACCUUUCUCAAAGCUAUCAGGCUCCAGGAUCUUCCUUUGGUGGUUCUGCAGGAGCCGCCAGUUUCCUCCGACCUGCUGCAAGGCCUGCCAUCAACUUUGGGGGUGCUUCUCCUGCUGGAAUUUUAACUGUAAGUCGUCCCCAGUAUAGUUUUAACUAUGCCGUCAACGAUGCCUUUGGUAACGAUUUCGGCCACCAAGAGGGGCGCGACGGAUACAACACUCAGGGAUCCUACUACGUGCAGCUUCCCGACGGUCGUCUGCAAAGAGUCGCGUACGCUGUCAACGGCAACCAAGGAUACGUGGCCCAGGUGACAUACGAGGGUGUGGCUCAGUACCCUGCCUUUCAGCCGUCUGCCUCCUACUCACCCGCACCUUCUUAUGGUUAA